AUGGGAGUGCUGGUCGGCGCAGCUGCUGUCCUCGGCGCGAGCCGCUUCACCUCUCCGGCAGCCGUCACCAUGGCUGCGGUUCCGCCGGCCGACGGGCAAACUUCGGAGCUUACUGGAGCAAUCUCGACGCUUCACUCGCUCGUGAAGGACCUGCAAGCCGAGGUGGGAGACAUGAAGCGGCAGGCGGGGCUUCGCACCCCUCUGAAGGCAAAGCCAAAGGCCAAGGGCCCGGCCACGAUUUCAGAGAUGACGGAGACCUGCUCGUGCUCGGCCGGCGGCCCCACGCCCUGCGUCUGCCCCGGUGCCAAGGGCGGAUCAAGGCUCGUUUACCCCACCGAUGACUACACGAACUACGAGAACGGGACCUAUGCAUCCCCCUAUGGCUACCCACCUCGCGACAUGAUCGGCUACGGAAGAAAUUACACCACCUUUCAGCCCAAGUGGCCGGGCGGCGCGAAGCUUGCGCUGAGCUUCGUCAUGAACUACGAGGAGGGGGGAGAGAACUGCGUCCUUCACGGCGACGAGUUCUCGGAAAAUCUUCUCUCGGAGAUUGUAGGGGAGCGCAAGAUUGUCGGAGAGCGCAACAUGAACAUGGAGAGUCUGUACGAGUAUGGCAGCCGGGCGGGCUUCUGGCGCGUCCACAAGCUCUUCAAGGAGCGGGGCAUGGUGCUCACCGUGUUCGCCGUCGCCAUGGCGCUCAGCCGCAACCCGGACGUCGCCAAAGCUAUGGUGGAGGCGGGCUUUGAGGUCGCCACCCACGGCUACCGCUGGAUCGACUACCAGAACGUGCCCGAGGAGGAGGAGCGCAAGCACAUCAAGGCGGCGGUGGAGAUUCAGAAGCGCGUCGUCGGCUACCGGCCGAUGGGCAUCUACCAGGGCAAGCCGAACGAGCGGACGCGCCGGCUCAUCAUCGAGGAGGGCGGCUUCCUGUGGGACGCCGACGCCUACAGCGACGACCUGCCCUUCUGGAACUUUGACGAGGGCAAGCCGUGGCUCAUCAUCCCGUACACGCUGACGAACAACGACAUGGUCUUUGUGCGCGGCGCGAACUUCCCCCACGAGGAGGCCUUCUUCCUUCACCUGGCGGGUGCGUUCGACCAGCUCCUGAAGGAGGGCCGCGAGGGCACGCCCAAGAUGAUGAACGUGGGCCUGCACUGCCGCAUUGUGGGCCAGCCCGGCCGCGCGAUCGGCCUGGCUCGAUUCCUGGACUACGUGAAGAAGCACGGCGACGAGGUCUGGGUCACGACGCGGACGGAAAUCGCCAAGCACUGGCACAAGCACCACUACCCCACCAAGACAUCGGGAUGGGAGCAGUGGGGCUAG